CCGCGUCAGCCUCCCAAAGUGCAGGAAUUUCCUCACAUGGCUCCUGAAGAAGUGACCAUCACAGUUCGCCUCAUCCGUUCCUUUGAGCAUCGCAAUUUCAAACCUAUAGUGUAUCAUGGAGUGAAUUUGGACCAAACUGUAAAGGAAUUUCUCGUAUUUCUAAAGCAAGAUGUCCCUUUAAGGACCAGCCUGCCACCACCAUUCAGAAAUUAUAAAUAUGAUACACUAAAGAUUAUUCAUCAAGCACAUAAAUCAAAGACAAAUGAGCUUGUGUUGAGUUUGGAAGAUGACGACAGACUCCUGCUGAAAGAAGACAGCACUCUGAAAGCAGCUGGAAUCGAUCCCGAUGGAACAUUCUACACCUGACGUCAGUGGAAGUUUUUGCUUGUGGACUCAGUACGGAAAACAUGUACUUAAAAGAGAUUUGCUCAAUAGAAGCAAGAAGAGACUUUUACCUAGAAAUGUUACUUAUAAUUUAAAGAUUGUUUUUACCUUGUUGUCAGCAGUUGUAGUUUUAUGGACUAAUUCCCCUAAGUAAUAAAUUUACGUGUAAGGGUUUUUUUUUUUUUUUUGUAAGUGUUAUUUUCUCUCUUUCAUUUUGCUACAUUCUACUACUGUUGUCUUUGGAAUCUGGUCUGGUUUAAGAGAGAAAUUGUGACUGGGUAACUCUUCCAUAGCCAGUUGUGUUUCAUUGGAAACAUUUUAAAACAAGGUACAGUGGCCAAACUGUAAGUGUUUAUCUGAGGGAAGCAUUCUUGGCAAGCCAGGUUUUGUAAUAAUUCCAAAACUCCCUCGUGGUUUGUUUUCAUUUUGCGUGUCACUUCUGUCAUCUGCCCCCAACCAGAUCCCUGUCGUUCACGCCUCGCCCCUUUGGGUGAUCUUGUCUGUACAGCUAAUAUUGUGGGAUUCUGUGGCUCCCCCUUUUCUUUCAGGAUCAUGUUUGAUUUGUGUGUCCUUAAGGUGUGGGUCCCCUUCCCUUUCUUCUUCUGGGUAGCAAUAUUUUAGGUCAUGCGUGUUUUCUUCCUUCGACAGUAUGUUAUGGUGGCCGUUUUUCACUCUUACAUAGAAACAGUGAUAGUCUGGUUACUUGGUAAUGUGGGUGUUGGACUCAGGAAACUGGGGAUUCCAGAAGCAAGACUUAGAGUGAACCUCUGUGGAGUGCUUUCCUUUUUACCUCCCCACACCAUGGUGGAAAUUACAGGCAUGUACCCAGUCUAGCAAAGACUGAGUUUUUUUUUUUUUUUUUUUUGGCUAGUUUGUUUUCUUCAAACUGUAGUUUGAAAUCUUCUCUGCCAGCAGAUCCAAAACAAUAUUUGAAGCAAGCCGCGAAAUAAAAGGCACAGCACUUGGGACCUCUGUUGGUGGUGAAAACUUAGAAAUAUAACUCAGCUGCGAACACAGCUUUGAAUGAUUUGUAGAUGAGGAUUUUGUGACAUUUGGGAGGAUAGGUGAUACUCCUAAAGUGGGAGAAAAGGGGAAACUUCGUCCUUUUGGUCUCAGAUUGCCACAGAAGCCACACCUCACCCUUCAUGUAUUUUUUUGGUCAACAGUCUGUGGUUAUUGUCACAAGGCAGCCUCCCUGAUCGUGGAUUUUCUGUACCACAAAGUCAGUGUGCAUGUCUCAGGCUCCUUUUUCCAGACAACAGGGGCUGUGCCUCAUAUUACAUUGGUGCUGACUAGCACAAGGCUAGGGACUCAGAACAUAUGGAUAAAUCCUUGUUGAUGAUGAGUUUAUUGAGAUAAAUUAGUUGAAGAGUUUAAAUACAUUGCAUUUAAUUUUUCUUGGGAUUUUACACUUAAAAUUGAUCUUAUAUUCUUUCAUUUAAAGUCAUUAUCAUUAUGUUCCUUUUAAAGUUGUGUAUGUCUGUCUGGAAGCAUUAUAAAAUUAUUAAUUUUAUAUCCAAAGUUUGAAAGCCCUGGCUUGUGUUUAUUUCAUUAAACUUGAACAUCAGUAUUAAAAUGAUCCUACAAAUGUAUUUGGAGGGUUCUCUGUUUCAUUUGAUAGUAAGACGAAGGGAUGAAGUGGCAGUGUAUUUAUUGGAUUUUAGAUUGCACAUUCAUUUCAGAUUCCCAUGCCAAGGCACUCUGCACCUGACUGCACUGCCGCCUGCAGCACAUUUAAUUUAAAAUCAGGUGCCCUGGGGGACCAGCACAAGGUAGACUUCCGGAGGGUUCAUCCCCAGCCAGUUUUAAAGGAGCCAUUUUAAAUAGUAUUUGGGAAGCAGGAAUUUAAGGGAUAAUGGUGGAAAGAGUAAUUAUGUAGAGGUCUUAAAAAUCAUUUAUAAUUGGUUUUCACGUAAAUUGGCAAAUGAAUUUGCAGUAUAAGUCCCUGAAAUCAUUCUCUCAAACAUUUUCCACAGAGUUUUACAGAUGUAAGAAAACGUUAUAUUCUACUUGUGCUUAAGGACCACAUUACUAAAAUUUAAAACCCAUUUAAUGUUUUACUUUUGAAUGUUCAGAGUAAAUUUUAAUUUGUGUGUUUUCCAGUUAAGGGUGAAAAAAUUUUUAAGUCAACCUGAAGUAUUAUAGUUUAACCCAUUUGUUUACCUAGAUUUCCUGAAAAAAAAGUACAGUCAUCUGAAAAUAAAAUCUUUACGCUGCAGAUUCUCAUUUGGAGUCUACAUUAUGAGAGCUAACAUAAAUGCCCUAUGUAAAUAAUGGAUUGAUGUUUAAGUUAACUGGACCCAGGAGAACCUAUGUGUCAAAACAGAACUGCUUAGUCCUUGCUUCCCAUCAGCUUCUCUGAACCUACUAUGGCUGAAGAGCCACACAACGUAUUAGUUUCUCAGAAGGGGUUCAGAUAAAUGUCAACUGCAGUAAGUGAAAAUUGUAAUUACAGUUAGUGUGGAUUGAGCAAAGUGCUGUGUGGGCAAAGCACUGUGUAAAGUUCUGUAUGUAAAUAGCACAUCACAGAUAAAACCUUGCUCUGUGAUUAUUAAGAACAGGGUGUCUUUUGCUCAUUUUCCAUUAGAAGGUUGAUUAGAAUCACUUGCAAAUUAUAUAAGUCUACCUCUGGGCAUG